AUGUUCGUCGUGCUGCUUUCUAACAGACCUCAGAUGCGAAGGCUUGUUCAAGAACGAGACCUGGCUACCAAGGGUCUUCAUCUGUUUGAGAGUCCAUCCAUGGUUAUCCGGGGAAAGGCCUUCCUUCUGGUCCUAACCUUGAUCCAGUCCAGCCCGGAAGCCCUCCUCAUGUGCUGCCAGUCCCGGCUGGUUAUGUACAUCGAGCGGCAGCUAAAGAGAGGUAUCCCAAUUAAAGGCGAGAGCCGGGAGAAUCGAGACUAUCUUGUGCAGUGUCAGAAUAUUUGCAUGUCCGCCAUCGUUGAAGCGGUACCCGGGAUCCUGUUGGAUGUGUUGGCGUCUCUGGAUGCGGUUCAAGGAAGGAAGCAUCCCUCGGCGAGUCACGCCAAGCAGCUGCGGACAAACCUUCCACUGUUGUCCAUCAUUCUGCACCUCGUUACAAGUCACGCUUUUCGUUCUCAAGUAACAAAUGAAGAAUUUCUCGUCAAUGUCGGCUUGCUUCUGUCGCAUGUGACUUCAAUUGAUUCUGGAAGCACCAGCAUUGGAUCAGCAGCGGGACCGAACGCAGCAGAAGACCUUAUCAGCGUGGUGUUGUCUAUUGCGGAAGCAAUCACGCAACACCCUCCUAUACUGCUGGAGUAUCACGCUGUUGUCACACAACACAUCCUGCCUCAUCUGGCUGCUCUGAUGAGCAGUACAAAUGGAGAUACACGAGUGUUAAGCUUCAGAAUGUUUGCCGAUGUAGCGUCGCUGUAUCUUGAUAACCAUAAUGUGUACAAUUCCUCCAGUGAUGUUAAAGAUGUGUUGAAAAGUACCAGCAAACUAAAUGAGGUGAGAUGCUCUCUCUUCCUUAGAGUUUUUCUGUAUGGAAGAGUUCUUUAUUGUAAUUAAUUACUGCACUUUCCUUUUUUAGUCCAAGCCUUAAAUUCAUCUAGUGGAAACAUUUUGCGUCUGGCAUUUUUAAAGAAGGCCUCUUUUUAAGUGGUAAUGUACUUGUUGUCAUUGAUUUCUCGUAGGUUAUUAAUAAUCACUUACUGCCUCAGUAUCAUCUCAUCCUGCAAGACCAAGAUCCUUUACCAGCAUAUGGUCUUAAACUGUUGCUAUCUUUCUUGGAAAGAAGCCCCGACAUCAUCCACACAGUUGUGGAUCAAAAGCUUCUUCUUACCAUGUCCCAGAUCCUACAGUCCCACACCGACCGAGUCGACAGGGGAAUGGUGCUGAGUACAGUUGGUUUACUGGACUGUUUGGUUUCUGCCAAAGAUGUUGACGUUUCUUUGUUAUACGACCAAGGUUUAAUCGAUAUCCUCGUUUCCGUUUUCGUUGACGUUGCGUCGGCACAAAACGAGGAAAAUUCUACUGGAAAUGACCCCUCAGUGGCGCUGUUGCUUCCCCUUUUCGAUGCUUUGAAUAACACGUUGAAAUUCGUCUCCAGAGAAGUACGCAAAGCUCUGCAGGCGAAGACUGAGGCGAGACCAGACAACGAGGCUCAGACGCAACUGGCGGAGAAGCUCCUUGUGGAGAGUAAACCGCUGGUCGACAUGACUGGCUUGCUUAUCAACUUUCUCUGUCACGAGGACCUGGAUGUGAGAGACAGUUCUUGUAGGUGCUUGUAUCUAAUGGUGGAACUUUUUGGAGGGAUUUAUGAGGACUCUCUAAGCGCGGAAAACAUGGAUUGCUUUGCGGAGGCUUUGAGCGCCGCUGACGUUAAGAAACAAAAACAGCUUUUACGAAUUAUCAAACGAUUAGUUUCUCCCAAUAUACAGAGCAAUUAUUUGGAAGGAAACAGUUUGCAAAGACUCAUUCAUGUUCUGCAAGGACUGCCGACUUCAACGGACUCCUCCAGCGCAGAAGGAUCGGCUGUUGAAAGCCUCGUAGGAGAAAUUCUUCUCAAAUUCGGCCAUGAUAAUUAG